CUAUCUUACCCAAUCAUAUGGCGCAUUGUUCGACGGUGAAAGAGUGGGAGAAAUUGACAAGCGGAGGAAGAAAGAAAUUAGCAGUCGGUGAAGCGUAGAAACUGAAACAGUUGCUUUUUGUGAUUAAAAAUGAGUUCCAUCGGCACCGGGUAUGAUUUGUCAGCAUCCACCUUCUCCCCUGAUGGGCGGGUAUUUCAAGUUGAAUAUGCCAUGAAAGCAGUAGAAAACAGCAGUACAGCGAUUGGGAUCCGGUGUAAGGAUGGUGUGGUCUUUGGUGUGGAGAAGCUGGUCCUAUCCAAACUGUACGAGGAAGGCUCCAACAAGCGCAUCUUCAACAUCGACCGCCAUGUCGGAAUGGCAGUUGCUGGGCUCCUGGCUGACGCACGGUCUCUCGCUGAAGUGGCCAGAGAGGAGGCCGCAAAUUUCCGGUCCAAUUACGGCCAUGACAUCCCACUGAAGCAUCUUGCAGACAGAGUGGCCAUGUAUGUCCACGCCUACACGUUAUACAGCGCGGUGCGGCCCUUUGGGUGCAGCUUCAUACUUGGGUCCUACGAUCAAGAUGACGGUCCACAGCUGUACAUGGUGGACCCCUCUGGAAUUUCCUAUGGUUACUGGGGGACUGCUAUUGGAAAGGCCAAGCAAGCUGCAAAAACAGAGAUUGAAAAGCUCCAGAUGAAGGAAAUGACCUGCAGGGAGCUGGUGAAAGAGGUGGCGAAAAUAAUCUACAUUGUGCAUGACGAGGUGAAAGACAAAGCCUUUGAGCUGGAGCUCAGCUGGGUAGGAGAAGUGACAAAAGGCAGACAUGAGCUGGUACCAAAAGACAUCAAAGAGGAGGCAGAAAAAUAUGCUAAGGAUUCCCUGGAAGAAGAGGAUGACUCUGAUGAAGACAAUAUGUAAAAUACCCUACCUCAGAGUGACCGUGAUGUUCCCACUGUAUGCCGCAUAUUUUAAUAAAACUGCACAUCAAUAUAAGACUGUCAACAGGCGUUCUUUUUGUAUGUUUUGUAGUUUGAGUUUAUGGGCGCUGUUAACCAUUCAUUUUUCUUAUGUGAAUGGUAGCUUUAAGACUUUACGCCUUAAAUAAAAUGAUCAGAAAACAAA